GCGAGGGCCAGGAUGGCCGGUUCGAGGCACGUCUCCGGGGUGGCAGGCCAGAGGAGGUGGCCUCCUGGUCCUGAGGCUGCCAAGCAGGGCCAGAGUCCCUGGGACCGGCCAGGCGGGGACACCAGCAGGGAUGGCAAGAGGCCAACUUCCCUUUGCCAGGUGGUGUUAGUGAUAAAGGCAGGGCAGAGGACGCAGGCUGGCUGGGCGGUGGCUGAGGAUCCCUGGGGCCCCGGCUGGCCCCGGGGUGAUGCCCUUUCUGCUUCCUGUUCUCAAGCACAGCUGAGUGUCCCGGCGAAGCAUGGCAAGCAGCAUGGAGGCAGUGGCCAUGGACUGUGAGAUGGUGGGGCUGGGGCCCAGCCGGACGAGCGGCUUGGCUCGCUGCAGCCUCGUGGACGCCCAGGGCUCCGUGCUCUACGACAAAUUCAUCAGGCCCGACGGGCAUAUCACCGAUUAUCGAACCCGGGUCAGCGGGAUCACACCUCAGCACAUGGAGAAGGCCGUACCCUUUGCGGUGGCCAGGCUGGAGAUCCUGCAGCUCCUGACAGGCAAGCUGGUGGUGGGCCAUGACCUGAAGCAUGACUUCGAGGCCCUGCAAGAGGACAUGAGCGCGUACUCCGUCUACGACACGGCCGCCGACAGGCUGCUGUGGCGCGUGGCCGGCCUGCAGCACUGCAAACGCGUCUCCCUGCGGGUGCUCAGUGAGCGCCUCCUGCAGAGAAGCAUCCAGAACAGCCUGUCUGGACACAGCUCUGUGGAAGACGCCAGGGCCACCAUGGAGCUCUAUCAGCUGUCCCGGAAAAUCCGUCGCUGAGGGCUGCCCACCUGGCAGAGUCAGCUCGCUUCAGCCCCGCCCCAGGGGCCAGAGCUCUUUGUCUCCUCAGGACAGCGACUCCCUUGCCUUUGGAAAACGCACCUUUCGUAGUAAAACGCCUGUAUAUUUUCUCCACUCCCGUCUCAGCACUCUCCUUGUCUUUUCUGUCUUCUCUCCGAGCGGGCACGGCGGACGCGACCCAGUCUGCGUGGUG